AUGUCCAAUCACAGGUUAUUUACAUCAAAUUUAAAAUUAAAUACUACUAUAGUACCAUCAACUGGUGGUAUUAUUUUAAAUUCACCUACAAAUAUUAUUUCACAGUCAAAUGAAACUUUAUUGAAUGGAAUAAAAUUUUCUGAUCAAAAAAAUUCUACUCUUGGAAGAAUUAACAAAAUCCAUACUUCUACAACUGGAUUUACUGCAUUAAUAUUAUUAGUUUUAGGAAUACUUUUUUUCCUAUUUCUUUGUUUUAUAAUUGGAAGAUGUAUGGGAGAGGAGGAAAAUGAUAGGAGACCAAGAAAAAGAGGUCAUAAAAGUAAAUUUUCAAUUCAACUUAAAAAAAAAAGUCCCACCUCUGAUAAUAAUGAAAUUCUCCAUCAAAAACGUGUUUAUGAGAUUCAGGCGGAAGAAGGUUGUUAUUCAGCACCACCAUCAAUUUAUGAUGUGUCAGACGACAAAUUGAUUGUACCAUCUCCAGCACCUAUUAUUGUAGAAAAAUCAUCUUCCAGUGAUGAAUUUCCAACACCCGAAAUUAUUAUUAAUGGAAUUGACACUACGACAGAUAAUACUGAUAAUAAUGAAAAGCCAAAAAAUAAAGCAUUAGAAGCAAUAAUGAAAAGAAAAGCUACAACUUCAGACACUCCACCAGCAUUAAUAAAUGUUUUGAAGAAAAGAGCUAUGUUAAAAAAAAAUGGUGAUACAAACUGA